AUGCAUCCACCUCCACAUCCUUAUCAUCAAUAUCAUCCUCCUCCUCAUUCAGCCAACGCGAGGAAGAGAUUUCCCUUGGAAUCCGCCACGGACGGUCUAAAGGUCCACCGGCGUCACCCCAUUCAACCUUACGCCACGUCCCCCGACAGACCGGAUUCCAUGUCUCCCGAUAAGAAAGGCAAAGGUCGACCUCCUGGACAACCUUUGAGACGUGGCGAUGCUUGUUUGAUGUGUCGGGCUAAGAAACUGAAAUGCUCGGCGAACAAACCGGAAUGUGAUCAAUGUGCAAAGCGCAAAGAUCGUUGUGUGUACGAUGCAGUCCGACCUGCAUCGCGAGUGGAAAAACUCGAACGUAAGCUAGCUGAAAUUGAAGAAGCCGAAUUACGAGCUGUUCUAGCCGCCAGACGACAUAGCUCCGAACUUGGGCUUGCUCAUCCCAACAUACCCCAUGACAUGAACCUCCCUCCACCUAUGCCUAUCGAUUUCGGUUUAUAUCAAUUCCAACCUGUCCCUGUUCAUAUCAGUCACGAAUCAUUUAUUCCCCAAUCUCAUGAAACUUCCAACGAGUCAUCUCCACAUCAAAAUACAUUAGCGGAUCCUAACAGCUGGAAUUGGUCGUCUUCAAACCCAUUCGAUCCCCUUUCCCAAGAUCCCUCUGGUGUUCAACUGGAUCAACUACCAUGGCCUCUGUUAGGAGCUUCCAACGAAGUUUCUACUUUGUGGACGGGUAACAAUCCUGAUCUACCGCCUGGCGGUACACCGUCAUCCGACACAACAGGAAUGGGAAUGGACUCUCUUCAUUCAUUAGGUCUUGACCACAACCUCGAAUCCAUCAACAUGAAUCCCGUUCAGGCGGUCCUUCAUACCCCCGUUAAUCACUCCAGCUACAUCCAAAAUCAAUUUCAUCCUCUUUCUGCUCAAUCAUUUUCCUCUUCAGUACCUCCUGAGGCCGCCAAAGCCAUCGAUGGAGUUCUUUCCCACGCAUCCGCAUACUCCGAGUUUAUUCUCACCGAACGUGACAUCUCUCAGUCAGCCCAAGACUAUCUUCUGGACCUCUUCUUCUGUCCUCCGAGACACUUAUUCGGUUCUGAAGUAUUCACCGAAGCUCAAUUCCGAGCGAAAUGUCAGUUAUCUCCUCCCGAAAGACCACAUCCUUGUCUUCUCUUUGCUAUGUACACCGUAGCGGCCAGUGGGUCUUACAUCCCAGGAGUGAGAGCAUUGGCAGACUCAUUAUACGCCAUUGCUACGACAAAAUUGGACGAGUCUAUCGCUCAGGAAGAUAGAGUGUUGGAUGCUAUCAGAGCCUCGAAACUGUUAGGCAAAUGGUUGUUCAACAGAGCAAGAGCGUUGGAAGCACAUACAAUGACUUGGAAGAGUGUGAGCUUGGUGACUGCUUGUCAACUGGAUAAGAUUCCGAGUAGUACUUGGACACCGGAGAUGUUAGACAAGAGGAACGCGAUCGAGUGUCCUUGGCCGAUUUUGGGUCCACCGAAGAAUCAGUACGAGUUGAUGGAGAGAAUACAUGCUUUUUGGGGAACAUGGGGAAACGCCACUGGAGCAUCUCUCAUGUUACCCUGGGAAACGUUCAUCCGUGAUGAUCUCAUUCGCACUCCUCUUCCUCGCGAGCCCAGUGCCUAUUCGGAUGGAAGUCUAGUGAGGGAACCGGAUAUCUAUCUCAGGGAUAUAUACGAGAUGCCUCAUGGGUGUAAUAAGCGGAGUAAUUACAUCUGCUUUUACAUCCUCACUGCAGCCCACCUCAUUCACCGCGCUAAGACCCUUCGCUCUGAGAUGCCAGAACACCGACCGACAUUCCGCGAACUUAAUCUGCGGUCAUCUGCCCAUCCCCAACCUGUCAGAUCAUUCUGUGCAAGGAGAGAUCACCCGGCGGCAUAUCAGGAAUUGAUAGAUGCCACGCAACACAUGCUCAAGAACAUACCUCGGGAGCAUCAAAUGAGAUUGUCACAGACUCCGCCUUGGAGCUCGCCGGAUGUACCUCUUGUGCAUUCCUUGCUCGUUUCCGUCCGUCUAUUUCUUCACGAUCCCGAAGGUGACGACUAUGACCGUGACGCAUGUCUCGAUGCGGCGCGCGAACUCGUCACGAUGAUCAAACAUUGGAUUCAACAACUGAUGAAAGCGGAUCAAGCGGUGAACCCCUCUUGCACUCCCGGGAGCAUGCCUGAAACGGUCGAUGGGUGCGGAGCGACGGAUAAAUUGAGUUCGAGGAAUAAGAAUGGUGUUGGGGGUCCAUACGUUCUUACACCUUGGUUCUGGACGGCGGAGAGAUUAGUGAGGGGCGCGAAAGUUUUGAGAGGGUUGGGGAGAUUGGAAGAGGCUCAAACAUGUACAGAUGACGCGGCCAGUGUGAUCAGUGGGUUGAGAAGUUUGGGCGUUUUGUAUCCGAUGGCGCAAGAGUCGGCCGAAUGGAUGGACAAAAUGUCUUUUGAUUGA